AUGAAGCCAAUAAUUCAAUUAAGGAAUCCCUUCCAGCAGAAAUUUUUAAGUAAACAAGCCAUAGCAACCCUCUCAACUCCGGAGCUUCUGCAAAGAUUAAAUUUCGUCCAGAAAACCCAGAGCGGACUGUUCCAUUACCUCCCGCUCUCCCUGCGAAUUCUCAACAAGAUAACAGGCAUAUUAGACACGCACCUACAGAAGAACCUUAAGGCACAAAAGUUAUCCCUGAGUACGCUAUCGUCGAAGUCCCUGUGGUCUCGCACUGAAAGAUGGUCCAACACGGAACUGUUCAAACUGAAGGAUAGCAAGAGUGCGGAGUUCUGUCUCGUGGCGACUUGCGAGGAGGACGUCACGGAAUUGAUGAGGGGCCACAUCGACAGUUACAAAAAUAUGCCCUGCGUCGUUUACCAAACCAGCAGGAAAUACAGGGACGAGAGAAGACCCCGCGGCGGGUUGCUUCGCGGGAAAGAGUUCCUCAUGAUGGAUGCGUACUCGUUUGCCUCUACUGCGGAGGAAUCCUUACAAGUGUUCAACGAAACAAACAGGGCUUAUGACUUGAUAUUCAAAGAAUUGAAAGUACCGUACGUCAAAGCAUGGGCGGAUAAUGGUGAUAUGGGGGGUGACAUCAGCAAGGAGUACCAUUUGGUCCAUGAAUCAGGAGAGGAUACCAUCUUCAGUUGCUCGCAUUGUAAGAACGUGUUCAAUGAGGAGAUGGCCGAGUCCUCCCCUUUAGAGGAGGGCGCAAUGUCAGGGGACGUUAAUGUUAAAUAUGCACUAACUGCAGACCAUUCCACUUUGAUCUGUUUUUAUUUCCCUGCUGACAGACAAAUCAACUGGAACAACGCGGUGAAGGCAGUGGACGGUGACGUCGAUAAGAAGCUACGUGAUUACAGCAAUGCUAGAGUUUUGGAAAUAUUCCAGGAGAGGAGUAACGAGGAUAUCAUGUUUUCAAAAGUUCUCCGCGUCAUGGAUUGUAGAAUCAAUUCGAGAUCAAACUUCCCAGACUUCCCACUGAAGAACUAUCUGAAAAACAACUUUGGACAAUUGGAGGGGCUCUCCAUUGUCAACGCCGUGGAUGGGGAGAAAUGCGGUUCCUGCGAAGAGGGGGCACUGACUGCGACACGAAGCAUCGAGGUCGGCCACACUUUUGUGCUAGGAACAAAGUAUUCAGAACUUAUGAACCUCAAGUUCAAGGAUAAGGACAAUCAAAGCGACAAACUAGUAGAGAUGGGGUGUUACGGUAUUGGCGUCACGCGAAUCAUCGGCGCUAUCGCAGAGGUAACCAGGGACGAACAAGGUAUCAGAUGGCCAAGUCCGAUAUCGCCAUACUUGCUCUCCGUCUGCUCUGUUGAGAACGGGACGGACGAGAGGGUCUUGAAAGUUGUUGAAAAUCUAUCACAGUCAAAGUCGCUCCGGGAUGACAUUAUGCAAGAUUUUAGCAAUUCUUCAGGUCUUGGCUCAAAGAUCCAAACUUCACACGCACUGGGGAUCCCUCUGUGUAUAAUUAUCGGGUCCAAGUCGUGGCCUAGAGUCGAGAUAGAGGUGAGGGGCAAGAGAUGGUGUGAAGAUGGGGAACCCGCAUGGAUUCAAGAACACGAAAGGAAUAAGUCAAAGUUCGACUGGGAUCAUAUUCCUCAGCGAGACGACCAUCUAGAGAAACACAUAGUUUCUCACAUGUACGUUAAAGAGGUUGUAGAAGCCUUGUUAAAGGAUAUAUAG